AUGUCUAAAGUACUUUCAGGACUUUUGGAAAUCAUCUCAGGCUUAUUAGCACUUGAUAUUGCCAGUGAAAUUCUAGGUGAUCAUAUAGAUCAUUAUACAGAUCACAGGUUGAUGAGUUUGAAUUUUCCCAAAUUCAGACUCCCAAAAUAUAGAUAUCUUUCCAUUUGCAUUGCAUUAGUUAUUCCACUUACUAUAAUUCUUCAUUUCUAUCCAGCAAAUGACAAAAGGAUCCAAAUAUCUAAAAUUAUAAGUUCUUAUAAUUUUUUUGAUGGUACUUCCUAUUAUAGUGAUAACAACACACCAGGUUUUUCACCAAUAUCUGAUUCGGCAAUAAAUGCUUUAUAUAAUUCAUCUCAAAUUAUUAGUUAUUAUAAACCAUAUUCUGCUCUAGAGGAAAAUGUAAAUUUUAAAGAGAUUUUCAAGCUACAUGAAGAUAUAGAAGUUUCUUAUCCUAAGCUUACAAUUUUUCCGAAAUAUCUUAAAUUUUAUCGAGAUUAUUUAAUGGACAAUUACAAAAAAAUUGCUGACACAUUCAAUGACAAACCAUUAACUUCAGAAGAGGAAAUCCUUGAACAAAAUUGGUACGAGUAUGGUGGUGGUUCAAUUUAUUUAAAAUCAAUUGGCUAUAAUUUCAUGGUUACUAGAGUGAUUUAUUCUAAAGUUCAUGCAAAGAAUGAUCCAUUUAUGAGCUAUUUAGGAUUUCUGUUACUUGAUAAAAAUUUCAACCAUAUUGAGAAAUCCAUUAACUUCAAAUAUGGACCUAAUACCGAUAAUAACAAAAUGAUUAACUUUCCAACACUUGGAAUAGUUCCUGAUACAUAUUUUAAAAAAUCAAAUAAUCGUAAGGAUAGAUAUUAUGGUCCAGAAGAUCCAAGAAUUUUGAUUAAAACAAACCACUAUCAAUUUUAUCAUAAAGAGAAAUUUGUCAAAUCUGUUAUAUAUGAAGAACCAAUUGUUAUAUUCAAUAUGAUGACGGAUAAAGCUUUCAAAUACAAAAGGUUAAUGCAUGCCUAUUUACCAUUUCAGGAUAAAAAGGUCAUAUUCAGAAUCAAAAAUGAAACCCCAAGAAUUAAAGAAAAAAAUUGGGAGCCGUUUUUCAAUGAUGAUUUUAAAAAUAUCAUAAAAAUUCAAGUUGAUGACAUUAACAUCAUCAAAGAAUUUGAAAACAAUAAAAAUCAGAACCAAACAACUUUUGAUUUUGAUUUUGAUUAUAAAUACACAAAUGGUUAUAUUCAUUUUAUUUACUCAAUCGAUUCACUUUCUGUUCUUAAGUGCAGCUUGGAUGAUGGAAUUUGCGAAUACGAAUAUAAAAUCCCCCAAAGACCUGAAUCAAUAGAAGAAAGAAAUAUGAAAGACAAUAAAAAGGCAUCAGAUUUUGAUAUUGGAAACAUGAGAGGAGGGACUCCUUUAUUGAAAUUACCAGAUAAAUUCUAUGCAAGUAUUGAGAGGAUAAAGGAAACCAAAAAUGAUAUCAAAACCACCUUACAAAAUUAUAAUGUAUGGGUUGGGUUUCCAAGGUCUCAUCUUAAUAAAUGUGGGUGUGGAGCUGUUACAUAUAGACCAUCAAUGAUGGCCAUAACAAGCUUGAAAGGUAGCUCCAAUUAUCAAAUUGAAUUGAUCUCUAGCAGCAUCGACUUCAAUCUUGAUGUUUUGAACUGGGAUGGGCCAGGAAAACUUUCUUGCGACGCCCACCAAAGUGUUUUAAUACCCAACAGUAUUGCCUAUUGGGAUAUCAAAGAGAUUGUGGAAAAUGGCUACUACGGAGGCAAUGACUACAAAGACUACAUGUCAAUUAUUCUCUCUGAAGCAGACAUCAACAACAUAGUGAUUCAUGUGAGAGGAUUGCUCAACUACCUCUUGGAGAUGGAGUUUUUUCAGAAGCUUUUAAAGCUUAAUAGAAGGCUUAUUGUUGUUAUUUUCAUUCUUAUUUUCAUCAAUGUUUUCUUGUCCUCAUUGUUCACUUCGUAUUUCAACGACAAUAGAAAUAGUAUUCAUGUCACAAUAGAUGAUGAUAAGCCCUUUUUAUCCAUCAACAACGAUUACAAAGUACAUCAAUACUCACCAAUAUCCCCUUUUUUGAAAAAUCAAUUAAAAUACAAUCCUUAUGAACUUACCAUCUACACAAGACCAUCAUUUAAUUUUGAAUGGAAGUUUGAUUAUUAUCUUGAAAAAUACACAAAAUUUGGCAGAGACGUUGAAAUAGAAAACUGCAAUACCUAUUUAUUCAAAGAUAGUAUACAGGUGUCAAAUGAUCCAAAAUUAAUACUAUCAAAUUCUCAUUUAAAACUAUUUCGAGAACAGAUUUUAUUAACAGACUACUCACUAAUAUUAAACGACUCAUUUACUCGCAAAAACAUACCAAUCCCAGAAGAUGAGCAAACAUUAAUCAAUAAUCACUGGUAUCAAUUUGCUGGUAGUUCAGUCUGGUUAAAUCAGCAAAAUUUAUAUUUUAUGGCUAGUCGAGUGGUAUUUACUCCUACUGAUAGAGGAGGACCAACUGAAAGUUUUUUGGCAUUGAACCUAUACGAUAAAAAUUGGAAGGAAAUCAGUGAGUUAAAAUAUUUUAAAUAUGGUCCAUUUACUGACCAAGUUUAUUAUGUGAAUGCUCCUUCAAUUUUUGAUUCCAUCUUGUUUUAUUUUAACAUGGAUGUUUUAAAGAAAAAAUCUGGAUACUAUAGAUUUUUUGGACCAGAAGAUCCAAGAGUUAUAUUAAAAAAAACUCGCUAUCAAUUCUAUUAUCAGGAUAAAUUAGUCAAAGAAGUUAUUUAUGAAGAACCGAUGAUAAUAUUUAACUUAUUAACUGAUAAAGAACAUGGAAAUCGACGAUUAAUUCAUGUAUUUUUACCAUUUCAAGAUAAGCUAAUCGUUUUAAGAAAAGUCGAUGCAAGACUUAAGAGAACUGAGAAAAACUGGUCACCCUUUUUUAAAACUGGUGAAAUUAACACCAUUAGAGUUGAUAUAGAAUCACCAGACGCCAAAAUUUCAACUACAACUAAAAGACAUAAAAAUUUUAAAUUUUCAAAUGGGUUAGUAUAUUUUGUUUAUUCAAUUGAACCAUUUAAAAUCAUCAAAUGCAAUUUAGAUAAUGGUAAAUGCAGAUCUGUUUUUGAUGGUAAAUAUGAUAGUAAAAGAAAAACAUUAGAAAAAUCAUUUAUGAGAGGUGGUACAAAUCUAAUUGAAUUGCCUAAAAAAUUUAUCUCAAAAGUCAAUGAAAUGAUAUAUAAUGAGGAGAAUAAUUUAGGUGACAGAAAUGCUGCAUUAAUGAGAAAUUAUAAUCUGAAUUUGGAUUUAGAAAUAUUUAAAAAUUAUAAUAUAUGGAUUGGAUUUCCAAGGUCUAAUAUUAAAAAAUGUGGAUGUGGAUUUAAAACUUAUAGACCAUCAUUGCAAAUUAUGGUUAGUUCAAAAAACAAGAAAAAAGCAGAGGUAUUCGAAAUCAAUUCUAUAAGUAGUAGUAUUGAUUUUGAUAUUAAUAUUCUCAAUUGGAACACCAAUCAAAGCAGUUUGUCCUGCGACGGAUUGAUGAAUGCAUUCAUUCCUAAUAGUAUUGCAUUUUGGGAUAUUGAUGAAGAUAAUAAUGAAAUGGAUUAUAUGGGAAUGACAUUAUCUGAAGCAGAUUACAAUACAAUGGUUAUUCAUAUUAAGGGGUUAUUAAGAUAUAUUUUAAAACUAGAUUUCUUUCAAAAAAAGAAGGAUAAAGAGUCAAUUGAUGGUAAACAUGAGGAUAUUACCAAUCCAGUCCGAUAUUUGAGAAAUACUAAAAGUCUCGUUGAUGACUUCUUUCUUGUUCAAUGUGCACUUAAAUCUUCCUAUAAAUAUUGUGUUAACUAUGCCAGGAACCACUCAUCUAAUUUCAAUUAUACCAUGUUCUCUAAUGUUACAAUCUGA